AAAAAGGAAAAAGAAACGAGAAGUAAAAAACGGAAAAGAAACCGUCGACUAUCGAACCCCCUCCCCCUCCCUACUUUCUCUCCCUCUACUCAGCCGUCGACCCCCUUCUUUUGUCAGUCUUCUUCUCCGGCGAGCACCCGACCGGCGUAGAUGGUGGCAUUCACUCACUGUUCACUGGAGAACCCACGCUGUCCACGCGCUGGCGACGUUACCCACACAGCAAACCCACGCAAUUGAGAUGCGUUUCGUACUCGGGCCGCGAGCGGCUAGCCCUCACAGGCGACGACAUAUGCAGGUAACGCCGGGCGUUCUUCUCCGGUGACCCACUUACUCACCAACGAGUUUUGUCCCACAAAUCUGACUUGCAUCGCGAGCACGAUUUCGAACGGCUUCGCCUAAGCCUUCAUAGCAUCGUUUCCCUCCGUUUCGGCGGCGUUGAGAUCCGAACACCAAUCAGAUAAGAUUCAGAUCAAGUUGAGGAAGUUUGACGAUCUGGCACAAGGCAUCAAAAGAUGUUUCUUUUAGGUUAUGAUAGUUUAUCCUAGAAAUAGUUUGUAAUAAGCUGUGUCUGCUGAAGUGUGCAAGUUGUAAAAGUUUCUCAUUGUUAUAAUUUCUGCAUUGUUGUCAUAAUAGCUGUUUUGGAAAAUAUGGGCUAUUACACUUUGUGUUUUUGGGUAUUCUAGUUUUCCUAGAGUUGGACCUCAAUUGAUGUUCAACUGAUCACAUCCUCAAAAUUAGAAUUUCUCAUGGUUGCUGUUUGGAUGGGGUGGAGUUGAAGCUUUCCAUUCAGGAAUUUUCUUUCUGCUUUACAUUGGUUGGAACUGGAUUGAUUACCUUCCUCAAGGUCAUUUCCAUUCUCAUUCUUUCUGGAAAGUUUGUUUAUUGGGUUCCUCUAGUUUUAUACGAAGAUCUUGUUGAUUUCAUUUUCACUGGGGACCUGGAUUUUCUCAUUCUGUUUAAGUUCUGAGAUUUUUUAAAGUUGUCCAUGCUACAUAUGCAUGGCAGCAAAUCAUUGGAGGAAACUUUGGACUCUUGUUGGUAGAAGGUUAUAUAUUCUCUCAGUAAUACAGAAUUGUUUAAAGGCUGGAUGCUAUUUCUUCUACUAUGCUUUUGAGACUGUUGGACGAAGAGUUGGGUUUUGUUUUGGACUUUUGGUGAAGAAAUUUGUAGGAUUGGAUUUCCUGUUGAGACUCUGAGGUGGGAGUAUGGGCUGCAUUUGCUCUAAGGGAAUUCCAGCAAACGACUAUGUUGCUGAGAAUCAUUCCAAAGAGAGGCAUUUGAAGUCUAAUAGAUCUUCCAGGCUUAAUUCUUCAUUGAGGAAAGAAGAACCCGAGUUACAUGCUGAUGAAGGGCAAAAUGAUGCAAUGGUGCGAUUGUUGUUGAACCAACCUGGGGAAGAGAAUGCUGGAUCAACACCUGAAUCAGAUGGUGCUGAGAAGGCGACAUCCUUUGAAAAAGCAGCCAGCACUAAGCCACUGGGAGAGGGGCAGCCAACUAUGGAGGAUGGAGCAAGGAGAGCUGGAGUACAUAAUAAUAAUGCAGCACCUAGAAUAAUCAAUGUUGUUAAUGGGGAAAAAGGGGCUUUGGUUAUUGCUGGAUGGCCAUCUUGGCUGACAUCAGUGGCUGGAGAAGCAAUCAAUGGAUGGGUUCCUAGAAAGGCAGACUCUUUUCAGAAGUUGGAUAAGAUUGGACAAGGAACGUACAGCAGUGUUUACAGGGCCCGUGAUAUUGAGACAAACAAGAUUGUUGCAUUGAAGAAGGUGCGAUUUGCUAACAUGGAUCCUGAAAGUGUUCGUUUUAUGGCCAGGGAAAUUCUUAUCCUGCGUAGGCUUGACCAUCCUAAUGUCAUGAAGCUUGAAGGUCUUAUUACUUCAAGGGUAUCGGGCAGUUUAUACCUCAUAUUUGAGUACAUGGAACAUGAUCUUGCAGGGUUGGCAUCGACCCCAGGGAUCAAGUUCACUGAAGCUCAGAUAAAAUGCUAUAUGAAACAGCUGCUUUGUGGCCUUGAACAUUGCCAUGCCCAGGGAGUUUUGCACCGUGACAUCAAGGGCUCAAAUCUUCUGAUUGACAAUAAUGGUAAUCUAAAGAUAGGUGAUUUUGGGCUUUCAACCUUUUUCUGUUCCCAAAAAAAACAGCCUCUUACAAGUCGUGUGGUAACUUUGUGGUAUCGGCCACCUGAGCUUUUGCUUGGUGCAACGGACUAUGGACUUUCUGUAGAUUUGUGGAGUGCUGGUUGCAUUCUUGCAGAAUUGUAUGCUGGGAAGCCUAUCAUGCCUGGAAGAACAGAGGUGGAGCAACUACACAAGAUCUUUAAACUCUGUGGCUCCCCAUCUGAAGAAUACUGGAAAAAGUCAAAAUUACCUCAUGCCACCAUCUUUAAACCUCAGCAUCCUUACAAGCGGUGUGUUGCUGAGACUUUCAAAGACUUCCCUUUCUCUGCAUUGGCCCUUUUGGAUGUCCUUCUUGCAGUGGAACCUGAUGGUCGCGGAACAGCUUCCUCUGCCCUUCAAAGUGAGUUCUUUACCACCAAACCUCUUCCCUCGGAUCCCUCUGCUUUGCCAAAUUACCCACCAUGCAAGGAAUUUGACGUGAAGCUUCGAGAUGAGGAAUCUCGAAGGAGAAGAGCUGCUAUCGGUGUUGCACGUGAACAUGAAGCAGCUCGAAAGUUUAUGAGAGGAUCGAAAGCUAAUCAUGCACCAGAUGCAAACGCUGAAUUGCAGGCAUCCAUACAUAAAAAACAAGGGCAGCCGAAUCCUCCAAGUGUCAUUGAGAAGUAUAAUCACGAAGAGGAUGGUGGCUCUGGCUUUUGCAUCGAGCUCCCAAAAGACGCAGAGCAAAUGCAGGCGACUGCACUGGGUUCUUCUCGAAACAUAAACGGGAAUGUGGGUGAUAAUCUAAGAGGUUCUUCAGUUGGGGAAAAAGGUGCAGAGCUUAGAAAACAGAGAUCUUAUAUGCAACAUGGUGCUGGACAGUUAUCCCGGUAUUCCAAUUCCAUUGCAGUUCGAGGUGGUUCACGAUUUGACUGUGGUGGAGAAAGUAGUGCUAAUUCACACUGGCCAGAAGAGUGUUUUAAUGUGUCAUAUAACCAUUUCAAUGGCGGUGAAUGUUCAGAAAAGCAUGAAUGGUCUCACCAUUUACUAGACAGGACAAAAGCUUCCUGUAAGAUAGAUGAUCAGUCAUCUGGAAAAGAGUCUACUAUGAUAAAGUAUCCAGUGAGUUAUGCUCCGAAGAAGAGAAUUCACUACUCAGGACCCUUGAUGCCUCCUGGUGGAAACCUUGAGGAAAUGUUGAAAGAGCACGAGAAACAAAUCCAACAUGUGGUGUGCAAGUCUCGUAUUGACAAAGCUAAGACAAAAAAAACGUACGACGACAGAGGUCAAAUGGAAUUGUUGCUUCACCAUGUGAGAAAUGGCAGUUGAGCCUUACAUUGUCAAAAGUUCAAUCCGUGCUGUAUGGAAGAAGCUUUUCUUUAUGUUGGUGAAACUUCCAUGGGGAAUUUUGACAAAUCCUUGAAACUACUUGGAGUUCACGAAGCUCGCACAAACAGCAAGGUAUGGUCACACUUAGUUUUGUCAACCGUAUGCCAAGAGUUCCAAGAUUAAUGCAAUUUUAGGAAGGAAGACAAUUAGAACAAUUGACUGAGAUUUACCAUUCGCGAAGUCGGUUUCAGUUCCAGAAAUUGAUUGAGGUCUCUUUGGCACUUUGCUCAGUUGCUGAGUUGCUGAAGGAAUUUUUUUGUACAGCCUAACAUGUGUUAUCUAAUCAAUUUUGUCUUGUAAAGGGGACAAUGGAUGUUCUUCCAAAUUGAAGAUUUUUUUUCCCUUUUACUCCACAGGCUUAUUUUUUAAAAUUGUUCAGCAGAGCUGCUAAAGAAGUUAGGAAAAGCAACUUGUUCUUGUCUAUUUAUCUGCUCUUAAUUAUGUAACAGUUGGCUCAAUAUUUUCAUUGGAUCACUGUAAUUAAUCUUUGUUUAUUCAUCUUUGCAAAUGAAUCUAUUGAUUUGGGCAAA